GCUGUUAGACCGAUUUAUGCGCUUGCCUAGAUAUAACGCGUUAUUUAAGGGGUUAUAUUCUAAAUGUGAAGGUAUUAUAUUGUCUGCCUGUUGUGGAUAAACAGUUGAAGUAGAAACUAACGUUAGGCCUCAGUGCGCGUCACUGAUGCACGCUCGCGCUGCUUCUGCUGCUAGCGCGCGAAACUUCUACUCUUGGGAUUUUUGUUUUUUCAUCCGUUUAUUUUAAUAUUAGUCGAGAGUCAGUAAAAACUUAUGGAUUUAGCUGCAGCUUUUGGACAAAGUAGUUUUACGGCGAUGAGAGUUUUUAGCCAAUUUUAUGAGACCGUUAUUAAAACCUCAACUUCAUGCUAAAAACAAUGCAAGAUGGAUAAAGGAGGACCGAAGAAUGGCGCCAAGAGAGAUGCUCAUUUGAACACGUUGGAUUACAGCAACAGCCCAGUCGAGGGAAUUUUACGAAGUGGAAUACAAAUCGCCAUGUCUGUCGCCCCCACCUCGCUAGUUCCUCCGCCCAAUCCGCUGAUGCAACCGGUUUCCGGGGACCUUCCCAAUGGCCUGAGCAACUCGCCCACUCUUGAGGAGCACACCACCUCUGUGUCCUCCACCUUUGGCAUCUUUGAGGAAGAUUCCGAGCUCAAAAUGGGUGGGAAGGAGCCGAAGGCUCAGCAACACCAAACUCUGGGAGCUUUCACUUUGGGAGACAGUUUCUCAAAUCUAGAGGCCAGCAUCGCCGACUUCAAUAGCACUUCCCCUUCAGCAGACUCCUUGAUUGGUGGAGUCGACCCCAAUCUGUUUCCUUUAAAAACUGAGGAUUUUUCCCUAAUGGAUAAAGGCGAUAUAGACCUUGACCAAGAUUCCUUUGGACCCAUUGGGAAAGAUGUUGAUGCUGGCAAUCAUAAGCUCUUUAGUGACAACACUCUGGACCUUCUGCAGGACUUCGAGUUGGACGGAUCGCCUUCCGACUUCUACGUGGCGGAUGACACGUUCCUCUCCACAAUAGGUGAAGAUUCUUUGCUCGGAGACUUGCCGACAAAUACAGAGAGGGACUCGAAGGUUGCGGUCAAUGGCGCGAUCACCACUUCCAUUUCCUCCAGCACCAACACGGCCACCACCAGCACCAGCUCGCCCACCGUGAAGGUGGAGAAGGACUCUAUAAUCCAGCUGUGCACUCCUGGGGUCAUUAAACAGGAGAACAACGGUGGGACUAACUACUGUCAGGGGAGUCUGCACAGCACACCUAUUAACAUUUGUGGAGUCACCACUUCAAGUGGACAGAGCUUCCUAAUUGGGACCAGCCCAUCCACAGCUGCUGUCAGUCAGCAGAAAGAUCAGAAGCCCGUCUUUAACCUGUACACCCCUGUGACCUCUUCAGAAGACGGUUGGGGCAGGAGCUAUGGCUUUGGGAAUGCAAGUGAAAUGCAGCAGAGGGCCAGCGAAAGCUUUUCCAAAAACUACACAAGCCCCUAUGCCAGACCUGAAGAGAGCACUGCCACAUCCUCAGCUGCUGGGAAGUCCGGCACACAUAAGACCUGUCUUGUGUGCUCCGAUGAAGCUUCAGGCUGCCAUUAUGGAGUCCUCACCUGCGGAAGCUGUAAAGUCUUCUUUAAGAGAGCAGUUGAAGGGCAACACAAUUACCUGUGCGCUGGACGGAACGAUUGCAUCAUCGACAAAAUCCGCCGAAAGAACUGCCCUGCCUGUCGUUACCGCAAAUGCCUCAUGGCAGGCAUGAGCCUAGAAGCUCGUAAAAACAAAAGGGGCCGUCAAACCGGAAAGGUAAUCCAGCAGCCGUCGGUUCCAGAGCGCAGUCUUCCUCCGCUGCCUGAAGUCCAGGCACUGGUGCCCAAACCCAUGCCUCAGGUGGUGCCCACCAUGCUGUCACUGCUGAAGGCCAUCGAGCCGGACACCAUCUACGCCGGAUACGACAGCACCAUACCGGACACCUCCACCCGCCUCAUGACCACUCUGAACCGACUGGGCGGCCGGCAGGUCAUCUCUGCGGUCAAAUGGGCCAAAGCUCUGCCAGGGUUCAGGAACCUUGACCUGGAUGAUCAGAUGACCCUCCUGCAGUGUUCCUGGCUGUUCCUCAUGUCUUUCGGACUGGGUUGGCGGUCAUACCAGCAGUGUAAUGGAAACAUGCUGUGUUUCGCACCAGACCUGGUCAUCAACGAAGAGAGGAUGAGGUUGCCCUACAUGAAUGAUCAGUGUGAACAGAUGCUGAAGAUCUCCAAUGAGUUUGUGAGACUGCAAGUGUCCAACGAGGAGUACCUGUGCAUGAAAGUCCUUCUUCUCCUGAGCACAGUGCCGAAGGAUGGUUUGAAGAGCCAGUCAGUGUUUGAAGAGCUACGAAUGUCUUACAUUAAAGAGCUGGGAAAAGCCAUAGUGAAGAGAGAGGAGAACUCCAGCAAGAACUGGCAACGAUUCUAUCAGCUAACUAAGCUACUGGACUCCAUGCACGACAUGGUGGGUGGACUCCUGAACUUCUGCUUCUACACGUUUGUGAAUAAAUCCCUCAGUGUGGAGUUUCCCGAAAUGCUGGCUGAGAUCAUCAGCAACCAGUUACCAAAAUUCAAAGCUGGGAGUGUCAAACCGCUGCUCUUUCACCAGAAGUGACGCUCCACCCAGCCGCAGGACACAAUGCCUUAAACGAGUUGAGUGGAGUCGGAGGAAGAGACGGGUAACUAGAAGAUGUUAAAAGCUAAAAACGGCUGAACUGUUAAAAUGAGGUAACGGCGAAUCUCAUGGAUAGAUAAUCCCAUACAUGUCGUCUCAGGUGUUUGACUCCCAGCAUCAACUGUUAUUAGUAGAAGAAAGCUAAUAGUCCAAUCUCACUUACUAUGUAGAGUUGCACACAUCUUUAUUUUCGGAACAGAAGACUAUGUACGCGCAGAUCUAAUAGUCAGAGUAUCUUUUUAACUUCAGAUGAUAACGGUUUAAAAAAAAUAACUUUCAAUAAUAUGCACAGAGAAGAUGGUUUCAGCUUGGGUUGAAAUUAAAUACGUUUUAUGACAUCAUAUCUACACCGUUUCAAAAUAACUCAUUAUAACAGAUUUACAUACAGAAAAAGGGAAAAUGUGCCUUUUUAACUUUUUUUUUUUAAGCUGUUUUCUUGACUCAUCUAGCACUUCUUCAUAGUCGAUUGUACUUUUAUACCCACUUGCACUUGUAAUUUAAAAAAACUUUUUUUUUCGGCAGCUCUGUAAUCAUUAGUGGGAACUAUAAAAAAAAAAAAAAAAAAAAAAAAAAAGUGAUCUUUAUCAUGGAGAUGAGUCUUUACGCUUAGAAAUGCAAAUCGAGCACUUCCUCAUAAAUGCUUUAAAGGGGCCGGUUUAGGUUUGUUCUGCGGCGAAGGUGUAUUUGUGUCUAAGAAAGCCAUUUAUUAUUCAUUUCACCUGUUAAUUCAAUGCAAUGUAAAACAUGAAUUUCUCAUCUGUUUUUAUUUUUCAUGUGUCGUAUUUGUUCCUCAGCAAUGCCACAGUAUACAACCAAAACAAUGAAUGCAGAUAACCUAUACCUAUAACAUUUAUACAGACAGAUACUACAGUACAAUCACACCAAACAUCAACUCAGGCCCACUUCAUUUAUAUUUGCAGAUCCUACAAAUGUACAUUUGUAUUGUUAUUUUUUUGAUCAGGUCCAGACUAAUCUAUAUUAAACUAACCUUGACCUGUCUUGGUUUAAUCAGUCAAACUGUGUUGCAGGCGCAGGGUUUUAACUCUCUGGGAAUUUCUACUCACCUAUAUUGUUGCAAUCUGUUAUUUCUGUGCCAAACAUAUUGUUUUCAGUUUGUACAAAUCUAAAACUGUGCUUGUCUUAACAGUUUUCAAUGCAUAUAUAUUCAAGAGAGGCAAAGAGAGAGGAUAGAUAUAUUUUACAGUUCUUCUGUGGAAGCUUAAUGCAUCUUGUAUAAUACACAAAUAAAAGAUCUCCAGCUUCAGACUGCUUAGCAUUGCAUUGUGUGGGACAGAUUUAGCGAUCAACACUUAUUUUCAAAUUCUAAUCAAGAUCCAAGCAGCACUUUUCAAUUUGCUCUUCCGUUCCUACAGAUAUAUGUGAUACAAAUAAACAUGUAUUUACAUUAACUUUUUGCAACAUGUCUAAUAAAAUGUCCUCUGAGACCCUA